AUGACACUCACCCCGUACUCACUCUCACUCUCAGAACAACUGCAAGACUCAUACUCGCAACUCUGGACAGCACUCCGCCACGAGUUCGAGAGAUUCAAGCCCACCAGCCCGAACGAAGAUGACACCCGAUUGCUGCUCGACCGGCUCAGAUCUAUCAGGAACUAUCUCGUCGGAAGCAAGGCACGCAAAUCAUUCACCACAACAGACCCAGCGAUCUCCAGAGAAUUGAACCUGUUGGCCUCAGUUUUGGAAUGGGACUGUCUGGAUUCGAGUAUCAUCAAGCUGAAAGUUGAGGCUGCUGCAAUCGUCGGGCUUUUAUCAAUCCCGGAAGAUCAGGCAGUUCUCGUCUUGCUCCAGGCUGGACUACCAUCAGUAAUCAUCGGUUCGAUCACCCGUCUGUUGACACAGAUACCAAUCCACUCGCUCCUCUCCUCGCAAGGCCCGCCGAGACUGGGCGAACAGCAUCUCCUUCAGACCUUACUGCGUACUCUAUCCUCACUCUACAGCAUCAUUCAGGACGUAUCCAGUCCCAGGAAAUGGGGUUUCAUGACCAAAUCGCCAGAACGGGUCCAUCUGCCCCGGGAUCGACGAUCAUAUCCCGCAUCCGUCCGCCAGAACCCUUUUGAUCACCAAGAUGGAAAUAAGCCAGCAAAAAUCGACUUGAAGGGCAAAGCUAAAGCUCCUACGGGUUCCGAGGGCAACGCGCAUCUCAAAUCGUCGACUAUCCAAGUGGACGAGCCUGCCACGUUUGAUUUCUGGCCGACAUCCAAGCCAAACAAGCUGAAAGAAGCGUGCGAAGACGCCAAGACACUCUUGUCGAAUUACAUCGCCCACGGGAACAUCCUAAUCCCGUUUGUGUUGACGAUCAGUCAGCGUUCUCUGCCCGACGGCUCGCCCAUCACCCUGUCCUCGGUCUCGCUCGCCGCGCUGGUCGUGCCCUGUUUCCAGCUGAUCUGGCUGCUGUGCAAGGAUACCCGCCGGCAGAUCUGGCUGGUCAGGAAGCUCAUCCAAGCAGAAGACCCCCAAGGACACGAAGACAGCUGCUUGCGAGCGCUGUCGAACUGCUUGAAGGCCUGGUUAUACUCUCACCACGAUCUGGCAACCGAAUUUGCCAUCCGGACUAUCGGCGCCCUCCUCUCGAUCCAUGAACCUCCACAUUACUCGCAAGAUUAUGAGCUCCUCGAGUAUCUCGACCAGCUCGUCUGGACUCAAUCGGCCACCUCAUCAGCUCUGUCGGCUUAUACGCACCCCGACAGCCCCGCUCUGUCACACUUGCAGGAGUGUGGUGUGGGUUGGAUUCUAACCUGUAGAUCCGAAAGAGGCAGUCCGAUCCUGCGUUCCGCUCUGGCUACUAGUAUCGUUAGUUUGGUGAAGCACUUUCCUGACAUUCGGCUGAGGAUCCUGCUCUUGCAAAUCCACCAUACGAUCGAACUGAUCGACAACGCCUCGCACUCGAUUGACGUCAGGUCUGAAGCUGCCUAUGCCCUUGCUCAUACUCUGACUAUCUCAGAAAGCUUACAUUACGAAGCCUAUGAAGCUAAUGCGAUCCCUGUCUUGAAAAAAUUGAUCGACAAAGCUUCCAUCGAUCCUCUCCCAUACCCCACACCUGCAUUUGUCACUCAAAGUGCGAUGCUAAGAGAGAGUGCGUAUCUUGCGCUGGCCUCAUUAAUGUCUACCUUGGAUGCCCCAAGGAAGCAGGUGAUCGCGACGAAUCUGUUACCAGGCAUUGUGCAGUCGCUAUCGGACCCAUCAAUCCUAGUCCGAUCGGCAUCAUGCCAAUGUUGCCGCGCGUUAUCACGAGCAAUGAGUAUAGUGCGGACCAACCUUACCGACGAAGGCGCGGGCUCGCGUCUCUUCGAUCUGGCUUUCGGACUCGAAACCCGCAGGGAUCAUUCGGCCCUCGACGCCCUCCUCGAAGAUGAUGACGACGACGAUCUGGAUGAAGACGCAGUGGAGAUUCAGCUGAAAAUCAUCGCCAUGGGCGCGCUCUGUAACCUCGUCCUCGAAUUUUCGCCCAUGAAAAACGAAGUCUUGAACCGAAAUGGGAUCGAGAAAUUCAUCAAGUUAUUAAAGUCAUCCAAGUACAAAUCGUUGAGAGAAGCCGCUUUGUGGGGUUUGAAGAACAUAAUUUUCUCUUCAAGCUACCAACUAAAGCUGAGAGUGAUAAUGUGCCUGGGAUGGGAUGAGAUUUUCAAGUGCUUGAAUGAUAAGAAUCUGUCGAUCCAAGAAAAUAUGAUUUCGUUUUUACGCAAUCUGGCCUGCGGGGAAAUCUCGGAUAUCGAGAUCAUUUUCAAGCAAUUAACGAACACCAACAUAGAAAAUACGCACCCUCCGCUGACCGAAGUACUCGAGGAAAAGCUAACUUGGUCGUCUUCGACAUCGGGGCCCAUGAACACCAGCACCACUGAUACCGGUGCUCCUCCUAUGCAAAGCCGACAAAUCAGUGUGAUCAACGAUUCCUCCAAGGAACAGAUCCUCAUCCAGACUAUCUACACCUUCUCUAACAUCGCCACCGGCAAUCUCACCCACAAGACCUUCAUCUUGGAGAGGCCUCUGGUCAUGAAAGCCGUUCUUGAAGCUUUGUCGCAUCCCAAUCCUGAUGUCCAAAGCGCUGCUAUCUGGUGUAUAAUCAACUUAACUUAUUUCGACGAGGACACCAAACCCAAAGUGAUCAUGGACACGAUCGGGAUCAUAGAAGAGCUCGGGAUCCCGGAGAAGCUGCACGAGAUCCUGCGAGACUUCAAGAGUUCUGACGACCAUCAUAGCAAGAGCUAUAACAACAGCGGUAGCAAGAAGGGUGAUCAGGAGGCCGCGGCGGACGGGGCGCAGUACGGCCAGGCCUCCUAUCAGCGCCACCAGGACUCGGCGGCGAAGAAGUUUCAGGUCAAGGACCGCGCCGAGUGUGCGCUCGUCCAGAUCAUGCGCACCAAGGAUAAGCUGCACUGUUAA